AUGGCGCAAAAGGCAAAGAAGGAUCGAGCCAAGUCGAACGUGGCUGCGCUCAACAACCUCCACCUUGGCUCUUUGGUUGUCAACGGGUUCUUCCUAUUAUUCCACUUCCUUUUCAAGAGACGCUCGCUGCUCAUCUUCGCUGUCAUGAGCUUGCCCAGCUUGCUCUGCCAGUUGACCCUCGAGCGGUCCGGUCGCCCAUCUUAUGAUGCGGCUACGGGUGCCCUCAGAUCCUCCGGCGAGGACCUCUCGGCGGCAGGUCUCACGGAAUACAUGUUCGACGUGAUCUGGGUCACCUGGAUUACGGUUGUGCUUGUCACCUUGUUCGGGAACAAACUCUGGCUUGUGUGGGCAAUUGUGCCUGCAUAUGGCGCAUACAAGGGAUUCAACCUGCUGGGAGCUACGAGACAAAUGGCCGCGAUGCAGAACGUUGACAACGUCGCGGCAGCUGCAGCUCCUGCCAAUCGCAAACAGCGACGGGCCGCCUAA